GGAUCUUGGGAGUUAAAAGGUAAUGUAGGAUUUUGUUGGAGAUGGGGCAUUUUCUAAAGGGACUUGCAUUUCUAUCCACUUGGGUCCCAUAUUGCCCACAACUCUCUUUGUUAUUUUUGUUGGUUCUCCACCUUUUUCGUUUAUGAGAUCCUCUCUUGUGCAAUUCCAUGAAACCCUCUUCUCCCGCAGAAUCUAUCUUUCCCGUGUAUAUCUUUUUUAUUCUCUCUCUCCUUUCCUGCUUUAACUUCGCUUUACCUCCUCAUAUUCCAUGUUGGGUCGACAACUUUCGUGAGUCUAUUGCUGUUCUUAUCUGAUUUUCAACUGAAGUUUGGUUUUUUUGGUCUCUCUUGAGAUUGGUUUUGAUUACUUGAAAACUUUUGCUUCAUGUAGCAAACUGGUUUUUCGUUCUCUGUUCUCUUUUUGGUUUACAGCCAAAAAUUUCUGAUUUUGUGAAGUGGGUUGGUUUUGGGUUCUCUUGAAUUUUUGUUUUCCCACUAAUUCUUCACCAUGCUCUUUCUGCUGCCAGUGGAUUUUUCAAUGACACUUUCUACUUCUUUGGGGUGUGUUGAUAUUGUGAAGUUGUGAAUUCUUCAGAUUGAUUUAUUUUGCUUCCCGGGGAGGUCAAUUCUAGUUUUUAUGGUUGAAUUUAUCCCAAAGACUUUGUUUUCUGAAGCAAGUUGAUCCUUUGUACAUGUGGAGCUGUACUUGGCUUACGAAACAUUUAAAGUAUGCACUCUGGGCAGGCAGGUUUUUCGGUUUGUGACUGUGGGCUUUUUGGGGGGAAAAUGGAAAUGGGAUUUUGAUGUGAAGUUGAUGAAUGCAUUAGCUUUUCUCAGUGGGGAUAGUGGCGAAGAAAGAGGAGGAUGAGAGGGGGAAAAUAUGAGGAAAAGUUGACCAGUCCUAUGUUUCCCAGGCUUCAUGUAAAUGAUACAGAGAAAGGAGGGCCAAGAGCACCUCCAAGGAACAAAAUGGCUCUCUAUGAACAGCUCAGUAUUCCUUCUCAAAGGUUGACUUCUGGAUCAGCAUCCGUGUUGCCUAUCUGGCCCAGUAACAGCAGUAGCUUGACUCCUUCGAUGUCAUCGAGCCAUGUUGGUGUCCACCAAAGGUGUAUGUUAACUCCGUUCUGUAACUCCCCUUCACCUUCUCGUCUGGCCGAGAAUCCUCAUCCUUCUUCUCUCAGUGGGGGUAAGUUGAACACUGUGAUGGCAAGUCAUGAACAGAAUUCCCUGAAACCUACAUGUUUCCAAACUUUGGAUGCCACGGAGCUAUCAUCAUCAUCAACUUCCAAAUGUGAAUCCUUUCGUCCAUACAAUUUUUCCUGCUUUAAGAAAUUCUCCUCAAAGAAACUUGGAGGUGAAGAUGAUAGAGAUCUAACGUCUGGGCUAGGUAUAACUCCACAUUGUGGCAACUGUCAGUACUGCAGAGAUCAGGAAAAAUUCCCUCCAUUGAGCUUAAGCACUUCAGUGAAACUUCAAAAUGCUUGUGAAAAGCAGAUAAAUGGAAAUGGCACCAUAGAUUUAAAGUGGAUGGGAUUCAAGAGGAAGCAAGCUGGAGAUAAUACGAAGGUGUUUAAGGGCAAUGUAGCCCCUUUGGAAAGGUCUGCUCCAAUCACGUCAAGCAAAGAUAAGAAUUUGGUUGAUACGUCUUCUAUCCCAUUGGCUAGAGUUAAAACUUCUGAAUCAUUAAAGAGAACACGAGAAUCUUCCAAUCAAGAAGACAGAAGCAGUUUGGUACAUAACUUGAACAGGCUAAAAGAUACAAACUCGCAGUUUCAUAAAGCUUGUGUCGCUGUGCAAGACAGAACAGCCUCCGGAGAUGACAUUGUAAACCCUGGAAUAGGCGUAGGUACAGAAAAUGUUUCAGAGUUGAGAAGCAAAUCAUGCUCAAGUCCAUCACGUGGAGAUGAAUGUAGAAGCAUUAACGGGCUUGUAAAUGGCAAUGAGUGUUCUGAAGAUAAGAAAUGCAGGUCUACAAAAGUGGCGAGCAUUCAUGAUAAUGCCUCGGAUACCUAUGUGGUGGAAUCUAUGCCAAAUUUGAAUGUUUCCCCCGAUGAUGUUGUUGGAGUGAUUGGUGAGAAACUAUUCUGGAAAGCCAGAAGAGCUAUCAUCAAUCAACAAAGAGUGUUCGCAGUGCAAGUGUUUGAGCUGCAUAGACUGAUAAAGGUACAAAAAUUGAUUGCUGGGUCGCCAGAUCUAUUGCUUGAAGAUAACCUGUAUUUGGGCAAAAAAUCAAUACAAGUAUCUCCAGUUAAGAAUUUGCCGUCUGCACAUGUUCCAGAAGCACCUGCUCCCCUGAUUGCUAGAGACAGCGAUCAUUCUCUGGAGUCAAACCCCAACAUUGAAUAUGCAGACGAGAAUGUAGUUAGAAAGUUUCCACUUCCUUCUAUCAAAAAUGAUUCCAAUAAAGGACUUGUUACCACACAAUCUAAUAAUGGGUUUCAUUCAGCAAAUCCGCCUUUAGCUCCUGUGGCUACAAAUACCAAGCCAGCCCCAUGGUAUUUCCACCCUCCGCCAGGAAAUCAGUGGUUAGUUCCUGCCAUGUCCCCAUCCGAAGGACUUGUUUACAAGCCCUAUACAGGGUCCAGUCUUCCAACUGCAGGUUUCAUGGCACCAGCAUAUGGCAACUGUGGCCGCGUGAGUCCAGGAAGCGUAGACUUGUUAAACACUGUUUAUGGUGUGCCAGUUUCUCGCCCAGGUUUUGGAAUUCUCCCGGGUUCACCUCCUUUAGGCCAGUCAUACUUUCCUCUGUAUGGCAUGCCACUUGUCAAUCAAUCUCUAUCCAGUUCAGCUGUUGAGCAAAUGAGCCCGCUUGCUGCAGCUCAGUCAAAUGGGCAGAACAAUCAGGCAUCGGCUGGGGAAAUAAACUUCACCAUACCUCAUCAAAGCUCAUGCAACAUGUCUGGCAAUGUAUCUCGGGUAAUCUCAGGUCAAGUUGGGAAACUCCCUGCAUCAAAAGAGAGUGAGUUACAGGGAAGUACAGCCAGUAGUCCUUCUGAGAGGGUUAUAGGGAAUGCACUUCCUCUCUUUCCUACGACGCCAACAGUUCAGGCUUCAGAUAAAAUUGCGCAAAAUAGUGAGCAGCGGGCACAAGUGAUAAAGGUUGUGCCUCGCAAUCCUAGAUCAGCAAGUGAAUCAGCAUUCCGCAUAUUUCGGUCAAUACAGGAAGAAAGAAAACAAUUAUGACUAGUGUCUCGUACAUGGCUAUCAACUAGGCUAUCCUCAGCUGCAGGUGAUCACUUGGUGGGCAGAACUGACCCAAUUGAUCGGAUAUCAGAAUUGCCGGAGCCCAUUUUGCAACAGAUUCUGUCCCUCCUCCCCAUGAAACAAGGACUUCAAACCAGUGUAUUAUCC